ACCACCGGUAGAGCAGCUGGAUUUCUUCACCGUUUGCUCGGGACUGUAAGUUUUCCCUUAUUUCAAACGGUAUGCUCGCUGUCAGAGAAGUAUCUGCUUUCACUCUGCUUCAUAUAGAAUCAGCAGAAAGCCGCCGCUCGGCUCUUCCGGUGACUCUGUAACUUCAGUCGGGGCGGAGCAUUUCCAGCUGGUUUCCGUUAUAUGAGGCAACACAGCCGCUGAAACCUGACAUUUCCCCCCAAAUAACUCCAAAUAUAAACGCAGUCGUCCGCUGUUUUUAAAUACAACAACCUCAGUCACCCCAACCACUCACAACUUUAAAAGACAGCUUACAUCUGUCGGUAAAUAAUAAAAUUUGCUUCUGUUUACUUUCUGUGUCCCGUCGGGAUGUUAAUCCUUACAUACUUUUCAGGUCAAGUUUGAGAGCAGCUUCAUUGUGUGUUAAAUUCCUGCGUGUCUUAUGUUGGCCGUGUGAGAAGUUAUGUUUAUAACACUUUCACUUUAUGGAGGAUGUUGUUAAUGUUAAUGUUAAUUACAGAAUUACAAAAUCAUGCGUGUUGUUAUGAUACUUGUAGUGAUAGGAGUGUUGCCAGUGCGUAAUGGGCUCAAAGCUGUGGGCGCAGCGGCAAAACGCAUCCACGCUGGCCUUUGAGACGCUGCUCUCGACAGAAUGCUGGUUAUUACUUCGGUGGACCCCAGAAGUGCUCUAUACAGGAGGGCACAAGUUAAAGUGUGAUGUUUAAUGAUGUUUUUAAUUACAGUAGGAUGGCGUCAUUGUGACGUGGUAGGGCGUCAUAUUGAAAAAAAAAUAGUGUGUUUUACAGCCCUCUCAAUGGCCUUUCAUAUGGUAUAUUACUCAGUGUGUUUUAAAAAAAAUUUCAAGGUAACCUUUGACCUCGAACUUUGACAAAGUGAACUUUGACCUAACAGUGACGGUAAAGGUCAAAGGGUCAUUCCUUAUUUUCACAUACAUUUUUCAUUUAAAUUAUUGUGCCUGUCAUGUUUUCAUGUCUUAGGUGAAACAGGGCAUGAUAUUAUGGGAUAGUAGAUGUUUUUUCCUUCUAAACAAAGUGUUGUACAGUCUCCCUUCUUUCUUCUUGUAAUAAUGUCAGACAUGCUAUUUAUACAUUCAAAUCUAUAGCUCAAGAUUUGUUGCAGACAUGAUGUGGGAAACCUUGCCUGGGUCGAAAUUAACCUGGAUUACACUGUGAAGGUAUGAAAUAGGAACAAAAUGUAAAGGUUAGAGGAAAUGAUUAAUUAAUGGGUCCACUCUGUGUUUACCACAUGCCCAUUAAUAACAGUAGUGACCAGGUUCACCAGUUUCAGCAGCUGGAAGUUGUAAAUUAAGAAAUAGUCUGUAAUGCUCAUGAAAGCAGAUUGUUACUGGUGGAAAGAUUAUCCUAAACACCACCUUUGGAAGGAAACAUGACUUGCAGUUUGCAAAUUUUUGUUGUUUUUAAUCAGUGUCUUACUCUGUAUGAGCUGUAACAUCUGUCUUUUUUAAACACUUUUCUUUCUUCACCAAUCAGCUGAAGUGUUUGAAAAUAUUUGCUGGAUUGACUGAAUUUUCCAGUCAAAGUGAUCCACUGGUCCAGUUUAAAUUCGACCUGAAAACUGUCACACUCCAGGACGGGUGUCUAUAUGUGUACUGGUUUCUUAAUGUAGGGUGGGGUAUCUCUUUUUGGAGUUUCCUCCUUAUCAGUCAAAAACAGGUGAUGCAUGUUCAGAGAUUUUGGUCAAUGAGUAGCAUGUGUGCUGACUCACUGUUGGAGGGAUUUAUAAGCCACUGACCCUAAAGGCCGGUCAGUUUAGAACAGCAGACCCUUCAUUCAAACACAGUGUGUAGGGUCAGAUUAGAACUAGAUACUCGUGUCAGUGAAUGCAUUCUGUAUGUUCUGGGAUGAUUUGUGUUUCCUCUCCAGGUAAAGGUAGAAAGUGUGUGUGAGCUGAUGUGGAUGUGAAUUCAGCAGCAUGGACCAGUGUGAGGACAGAGAGGAGGGAGUCCCUCCCUCUAAAAGAGCCAGAGAGAGCCAGAGCAAAGCUCAGAGGAACCAACCUGGAACUGAACCCAGCUGUGUGUCCUUACAGAGUGAUGCCUCAGUUGAACGCCACAUUGAAUUUAAACAACAACCCUCUGCUGCAGGGAGAAAUACAGUUAGGACUACAGCUGGAUCUGACCCCAGUCCUGAACCUAGCAAUGUGUCCUUGAAGAGCACCGCCUCGGCUGAACGGGUCAUUGAAUUUAAAGGACAGCCCUGUACUGCGGAGAGUAUCACCAGGUCAGAUGUUCCCACUGGUCCGACUGUCUCGCAGGAUAAAACACACCUGGACUCCAUAUUUAUGCUGUUGGAGGAGAACCUCAAUGCUUUUGUGAAGAAUGAACUGAGAAAGAUCCAGAAGGUUCUGAGUCCAGAUUACAUAAAGAGUCAGGCAGAGGAGGUGUUGCAGGGUGACCAUGAGAUGGAGAGGAAGAGCAGCAGUGAGGCAUUUCUUAGGAUCACAGCGAACUUCCUGAGAAUAAUGAAGCAGGAGGUGCUGGCUCAACGUCUGGAGAAUAGAUUCCCCAUCAUGUGUCAGAAUAAACUUAAAUCUAACCUGAAGAAGAAGUUCCAGUGUGUGUUUGAGGGAAUUGCUAAAGAAGGAAACCCAACCUUUCUGAAUCAGAUCUACACAGAGCUCUACAUCACAGAGGGAGAGACUACAGAGGUCAACCAAGAACAUGAGAUUAGACAGAUUGAAACAGCAUCCAGGAAAUCAGACAGACCAGAAACAACAAUUAGACAAGAAGACAUCUUUAAAACUUCACUUGGAAUAGAUAAGCCAAUCAGAACAGUCCUGACAAAGGGAGUGGCUGGCAUUGGAAAAACAUUCUUAACGCGGAAGUACACACUAGAUUGGGCCGCUGAAAAAGCCAACCAGGACAUCCAAUUCAUGUUUCCAUUCACUUUCAGAGAGCUGAAUUUGUUGAAAGAGAAAAAGUUCAGCCUGGUGGAACUUGUUCAUCACUUCUUUACUGAAACCAAAGAAUCAGGAAUCUGCAGCUUUGAAGACUUCCAGGUUCUGUUUAUCUUUGAUGGUCUGGAUGAGUGUCGACUUCAUCUGGACUUCCACUACACAGAGACCCUGACUGAUGUUACAGAGCCCACUGCAGUGGGUGUGCUGCUCACAAACCUCAUCAGGGGUAAGCUGGUUCCAUCUGCUCGAAUCUGGAUAACCACACGACCUGCAGCAGCCAAUCAGAUCCAUCCUGAGUGUGUUGACAUGGUGACAGAGGUUAGAGGGUUCACUGAACAACAGAAGGAGGAGUACUUCAAGAAGAGAUUCAGAGAAGAGCAGGCCAGCAAAAUCAUCUCCCAUAUCAAGACAUCACGAAGCCUCCACAUCAUGUGCCACAUCCCAGUCUUCUGCUGGAUCACUGCUACAGUUCUGGAGGAUGUGCUGAAAACCAAAAAGAGGAGAGAGUUGCCUAAGAACUUGACUGAGAUGUACAUCCACUUCCUGGUGGUUCAGGCCAAAGUGAAAAAGGUCAAGUAUGAUGGAGGAGCUGAGACAGAUCCACACUGGAGUCCAGAGAGCAGGAAGAUGAUUGAGUCUCUGGGAAAACUGGCUUUUGAGCAGCUGCAGAAAGGAAACCUGAUCUUCUAUGAAUCAGACCUGACAGAGUGUGGCAUCGAUAUCAGAGCAGCCUCAGUGUACUCAGGAGUGUUCACACAGAUCUUUAGAGAGGAGAGAGGACUGUACCAGGACAAGGUGUUCUGCUUUGUCCAUCUGAGUGUUCAGGAGUUUCUGGCUGCUCUUCAUGUUCAUCUGACCUUUAUAAAGUCUGCUAUCAAUCUGCUGGAAGAACAAGAAAUCUCCCAGAUGUGUGAAACAAGAGAAUUUGCAGAGACACAAUUCUUUGUGAGUGCUGUGGACAAGACUUUAAAGAGUCCAAAUGGACACCUGGACUUGUUACUCCGUUUCCUUCUUGGUCUCUCACUGAAGGAAAAUCAGACUCUCCUACGAGGUCUUUUGACACAGAUAGGAUGUAGCUCACAGACCAAACAGGAAAAUAUCCGGUACAUCAAAGAGAAGAUCAGUCAGAAUCUGUCUGCAGAAAAAAGCAUCAACCUGUUCCACUGUCUGAAUGAACUGAAUGAUCAUUCUCUAGUGGAGGAGAUCCAACAGGCCCUGAGUUCAGGAAGUCUCUCUACAGAUAAACUGUCUCCUGCUCAGUGGUCAGCUCUCGUCUUCAUCUUACUGUCAUCAGAAGAAGAUCUGAAUGUGUUUGACCUGAAGAAAUACUCUGCUUCAGAGGAGGCUCUUUUGAGGCUGCUGCCAGUGACCAAAGCCUCCUGCAAAGCUCUACUGAAUAUCUGUAACCUGUCAGUGAGAAGCUGUGAAGGUCUGUCCUCAGUUCUCAGCUCCCUGUCCUCUAAUCUCAAAGAACUUAACCUGAGUAACAACAACCUGCAGGAUUCAGGAGUGAAGCUGCUGGCUUCUGGACUGAAGAGUUCCCAUUGUAUACUGGAAAGUCUCAGUCUAUCGGGCUGUCUGAUCGCAAAAGAAGGCUCUGAUUCUCUGGCCUCAGCUCUAACGUCCAACCCCUCCCAUCUGAGAGAGCUCGACCUGAGCUACAAUCAUCUGGGAGAGUCAGCAGUGAAGCUCUUGUCUUCUGGACUGGAGAAUCCAGACUGGAGUCUGGACACUCUCAGGGUGGAGCCUUCAGGAGAACAAUGGUUGAGACCAGGUCUGAGGAAGUAUUCCUGUCAACUCACAAUCGACACAAACACAGUACACAAGAACCUUAAGCUGUCUGACAACAACAGGAAGGUGACAUAUGUUAAGGAGGAGCAGCCAUAUCCUGAUCAUCCAGACAGAUUUGAUGAAUGGUGCCCCCAGGUGCUGUGUAGAGAAGGUCUGACUGGUCGCUGUUACUGGGAGGUCGAGAAAAAUGGACAGGUUCACAUAUCAGUAAGUUACGGAAGAAUCCCAAGAAAAGGGCACAGAGAUGAAAGAAAUGACAUUGAAUUUGGAUUUAAUGAUCAGUCCUGGUGUCUCAGCUUCUCUAAACGAGGUUGCUCUGCUUGGCACAACAAUAGAGAAACGUUCAUCUGCUCUUCCUAUUCUUGGUCUGGCAGAGUAGGAGUGUAUGUGGACUGUCCUGCUGGCGCUCUGUCCUUCUACAGAGUCUCCUCUGAUGACACUCUGAUCCACCUCCACACCUUCAACACCACAUUCACUGAACCUCUUUAUGCUGGAUUUGGGUUUGUGUUCAGAACAACAUCAGGGUUUUCGAUCUCUCUUGAUUCUUCAGCUUCUCUGUGUUCAGUUUAGUGUAAAUAGCGUCUUGUCUCAUUAUUUCUCUCUUUACCGUCCAAACUUUGAUGUCACCAUGUCUUUUGAUGAAUGAAUGAAGUUAUAAGUGUAAUCAAAUACGAAAUAUAAUUUUAUGGUCUUCAACUUUAAAGAAACCUUUCUAUACUGUCCCAUACUGUCUGGGUAAAAUUUGACCCUUUUUUUUUUUUUUUACAAUAGAGUUCAUUACCCUUAGUACCAUUCGUUUUAGCUUUUGAAUUUUUUAAUUAGAUUUUUGCCAAAGUGGUACCACAAUUAAAAUAUUUCAGAACUUAGUGUAUGUUGCUACAGAUGUUUGUACACUGAGCAUGUUCCAGGACAGAUUUGAUUAUGCAUUGAAUGAGCAGCAGAUGUUAGCACUUCCAGACGAGCUGUUGAACAGAGAUGAACUUCAUCACAUCUUCACUAAUGUCAUGUAACUGUGUGUUGUGAUGUUACGUAUGACAUUAAAGCCCUGUCAUGUGACCGAAGACAAAGGAAGCCCUGUUUCUCUGAAACGAUUCAACUGCCUCAUUAUGUGAUUCAAGCUGUUGAAAAGAUGCAGGAAUUAUAGGAAGUGUUUUCCAUGAUCUGGAUCUGAGGAUUGUCACGUCACAAGCAGAGGUUGUGAGGACAUUAUGGACCCACCCAAAAAAAACAAAACGUUUGGGAGCAUUUGACAUAAUUUUACAUAAUAUCUCACAACUUACAUUUUCUCAAAUCAAUCUCACAGAGUAUUGUUUUAUGUAUAUAUCUAUAUCUAUAUAUAUAUACAUAUAUAUUCAUCACAGGGUUACUGUGGAUGAACUUUGAUUAAUCAUCAUUAAAUAUAAUUCAUCUUUAUUCUAUAUUAAUCGCAUUUCAUUUUGCGUGAGCAAACAGACUCGAGAAAAAAGGAAAAUAUACGAACUUAACAUGUUUAUUGAAAAUCUUGAACAUUUAUGUUAACAAAAAAACUCUGUGGCAAGAUCUGAAAACCGCUGUUCACAAAUGCUGUCCAUCUAAUCUGACUGAGCUGGAGCUGUUUUGCAAAGAAGAAUGGGCAAAGAUUUCAGUCUGUAGAUGUGC